GGCAGACCAUCGUUUCUUCAAGUACAUGGGCCGUGGGGAAGAGAGCACCACUAUAAACUACUUGAUUGAAUUGAUAGACAGAGUAGAUGACAUCUACCGAAACACGUCCUGGGACGAUGGAACCUUCAAUGGAUUAUCAUCCACAAUGAGCCAAAUCCUGUAAAACCUGGAGAAAAACAUUAUAAUAUGGCAAGAAGUUACCCAGAUGAUAAGAAAGAUGCCUGGGAUGUGAAAAUGCUGCUAGAGCAAUUUAGCUUUGAUAUUGCAGAGAAAGCAGCUCACGUGUGCCUUGCUCAUCUCUUCACGUACCAAGAUUUUGACAUGGGAACGCUUGGACUGGCUUAUGUUGGCUCUCCCAGACCUAACAGCCAUGGUGGCAUUUGUCCUAAAGCUUAUUACAGUCAAAUUGCAAAGAAGGAUAUCUAUCUGAACAGUGGCCUGACCAGCACCAAGAACUAUGGGAAGACCAUCCUCACAAAGGAGGCUGACCUGGUUACAACACAUGAACUUGGACAUAACUUUGGAGCAGAGCAUGAUCCUGACAGUCUGCCAGAGUGUGCCCCCACUGAAGACCAGGGUGGGAAAUAUGUCAUGUAUCCUAUUGCUGUCAGUGGGGAUCAUGAAAACAACAAGAUGUUCUCAAGCUGCAGCAAAAAAUCCAUCCAUAGGACCAUUGAGGUCAAGGCCCAGGAGUGCUUCAAAGAGCGCAACAACAAAGUGUGUGGGAACUCCAGAGUGGAUGAAGGCGAGGAAUGUGAUCCUGGCCUCUUGUACCAGCUGGCUGAUCCCUGCUGCUCUGCAGACUGUAAACUGAAAGAUGGUGCCAAGUGCAGUGACCGAAACAGUCCUUGCUGUAAAGGCUGCCAGUUUGAAAGUGCACAAAAGAAAUGCCAGGAAGCCAUAAAUGCCACUUGUAAAGGAGAGUCUUUUUGCACUGGGAACAGCAGCGAGUGUCCCCCUCCAGGGAACGCUCCGGAUGACACAGUGUGCGUGGACAUGGGGAAGUGCAAGGAUGGGGAGUGCGUCCCUUUCUGCGAGAGGGAGAAGAACCUGCGGUCGUGUGCAUGCAAUGAAACAGAUAAUUCCUGCAAGGUGUGCUGCCGGGACGAGCAGGACAGGUGCACGCCAUACGUGGAUGCCAACGACCAGUUCCUGUUCCUGCGCAAGGGCAAGCCUUGCACUGUGGGGUUCUGUGACACAAAUGGCAAAUGCGAGAAGCAAGUACAGGAUGUGAUUGAACGAUUUUGGGAUUUCAUAGACCAACUCAGCAUCAAUACUUUUGGGAAGUUCCUAGCGGAUAAUAUAGUGGGCUCUGUGCUUGUCUUCUCCUUACUGUUUUGGAUUCCUCUCAGCAUCCUUGUGCACUGUGUGGACAAGAAAUUGGACAAGCAAUAUGAGGAGAACACAAAGUCCCUGUUUUGCCCCAGUAACGUGGAGAUGCUCAGCAGCCUGGACUCGGCCUCCGUUCGCAUCAUCAAGCCGUUCCCCGCGGCGCAGGCCGCGAGCCGGCACCAGCCGCUGCAGCCCCUGGCGCCCGCGCCCGCCGCGCCCGCGCCGCCCAAGCAGGACCACCAGCGCAUGGACACCAUCCAGGAGGACCCCAGCACCGACUCGCACAUCGACGAGGACGCCUUUGAGAAGGACCCUUUCCCAAACAGCAGCUCUGCCGCCAAAUCUUUCGAGGACUUGACAGACCAUCCUGUCAUCAGGAGCGAGAAAGCUUCGUCCUUCAAACUGCAGCGCCAGAACCGGGUGGACAGCAAAGAAACAGAGUGCUAGUGUCCUGCUGCCUUCUAAAUGUAUGGCUCGUGUCUGCAAAAUAAGGAUCUGAAACCAUUUCAUUUCUAUAAAUAUAAAUAUAUGUAUAUAUAUUUUUGUGAGGGAGUGGGAGAAUAAGGAAGUGACCUACUGCAGAUGCUGGUCAUGUGUAUGACCUUCCUUAAACUACAUUUAUUAGAGCAUUAUAUCUUUUAAAAAGGAAAAUCCGAACUAGAACUGGCUUGUUUUUGAAGCUUUUUGGAUUUGUUUUUCUACUUCCUUGACCUUUAACAUUUCCUUCAACCUGUGGUGCAAAACCAAAUAUCCUGAUGGAUAUUGGAUUGUGUAUAUCAGCCUUUUUUUAUAAUUUAAUAUUUUGUAGUCUCACAGCACUGAUAGACAAAAUUAAGGGGCUUUUAAAACCAAAAUGAACUCUGCAGUAUGUUCCAUAAUACAGUAGAUUUAGCAGUUUAAGGUACAUGUAACCAAAAGAUUAAGCAAAUGCCUUGAGAACAGAAAGAGUCAUGAAACAGAUAAAAAUACAGUCUCGCAGCAUUCAGUAAAAUGCAUAAUCAGAAUAAACUUAAAAUGCCCAGCUUCUGUAUAAAUAAAAGGAUCACAGAGGCUGUUACACUGGACUGGCUGUACACAGUGCAUGAGAAAUGCUCCUCUAGCAUGAAACUCUUCUGCCUCAGUGGUGAGGCUGUCUUGUCUUGGUGGCUUUUUUUGGGAGCUUCCCACUCUGCACUAAGUUUUGUGUGUCACAGGUGUCUGGCUGGAGAAAGAAGCUUAAAGGAAGAAAUAAUUCAUGCAGAUGACAUUUUAAACUGCUGUUUACAGCAGUUUUGGUGCAGAAAUGUUUCUCCAAAUGUUAUUUUAAAAUAAGCAACACUAUUGUUGAAAUUUUCAAAUUACUGAGCUCAGUUUUCUGUGGUCUCUGUGGCCUUUGGAAGCUCCUACUGCAUGAAUGAUGGGAAAAAAAUCACUCCAUUGCAGGGGAGGCAUUUGUUUAAAAACAAUUGUGAAUUUAAUAAAGAAAUAAACCUUUGUUAAAACUUGCAGGGUAAGUAUAAGGAGGAGAUCUUGUGAAUACAGAUACUCACACAGGUAGUAAAACAUGAUGCAAAAGGCUGAUAAUUGGAUGGUGUCUUCUGUCAGGUGAGCUGGGACUGGCACAUGAGCGUUGUUUUAGCUUAGCAGCCGAUGGACUGACACAGUGGAGUCACAGAGCAACUGUCCUGGUGGUACAGCAGCACCUUCCUUCUGCGGCUGUUUUCUCCCACAAUAAUCUAUUGAUUGAACUGACAGAACGUGGCCAAGGGCAGAACCAUUUAACUCUUACAAGCCUGCACUCAGGCACAGGGAAGUGCGGCUGUGGUGAGCCCAUGUUUUUAAAUGUGAGGGAAAGGAACUGAACCUGUGCUGCCAAGUUGUGUGAGUGCUCCCUCUCCUCCCCACCCAAGGAUACUUGUUACACUAGUUACUUGAAUGUGUGCCUUAUGGUAUUCCUGUCUGACUAGCUAUUAUGUUUUAUAUACUGGUUUUGAACUUUGUUUGGGGUUGUUUUUUGUUCAGGUUUUCUUUUUUUGAUUCAGUGCAAAGUACACAUGUGAGGAGUUAAUUUAAUUCCCAACAAAAUAAAAGCUUUUUUAUUAAAAAAAA